GGACCCCGGUAACCGUACUCGUCAAAGAGUUCGACGUGCAACCUAACCUAUGCAUCGGUCCACUGAGUUUCUCGCCGGAUCGUCUCAGAGGAUCGCGAUUCCGAUCCGGUAGUAGAUUCAUUCGCGAAGCAGCUGCUCUUAAGUUGUUGGGUUCGGAGGCGCUCGGACAGCUGUUAGCGAAUCCUACCCCUACUGGCUGAGCCUUUGCUCGCUCACCUGUCCUGGUGAAACUGAAAAAGCCUCCGGGCCACCAGAAAUCCUUAAAUCAUAAAAAAAGUUCAACAGAGCAAAGCAACAUCGCAUGCACACAAAAUUCGUUUAUAAACGGGAUUCCAGUAGCCGCUUUUACUCAUACGAGUGUCCACACCUAGGAGACACGCAGGGUAUGUGGGACUUGAGGGUCUACAGAGGCAUGGAGCAGACGGCGGGUCCAAGAUAUUUUUAGCCGGGGUACCACUGGUAUACGGUAAUGCCCCUCUAGACCAAAUCCAGCCUGCCAGGUCAGAACGCGAUACACCGCCAACCAGCUGUUCUUACGCAGCAGUUCCGUAGAACUGCUUCCAUGCAGCGCAGAGGGCAGGUAGCGUGCCGAGCGGCCUCGUCACAUUAGGUCGCCCCGUAACAUUCACCGAGGGAGAGGACGCCUUCUACCACCCCAGCCAUGUGCGUGAGCGUGUGCUCGGCUGUGUCCUCAUCGUAGCCACAGUGGUGGCAAAUCAUCUUCAGCUCCCUCAGGGCCACGCAACGCAGGUACCGGCCGGAACACCCAUGGCAUGGCAUGGUGAGCACUUGCGUCAACCGGAAGGUGAGACACCCUCAGGCGCGACCGGGCGCAUCACUUCGACGGUCCGAAAACCGGCCGACGGGUUCGCUAAACCGGGAAACCACACCACGAAUGACGCAACUUUAAUCUUUAGGAAUUAUUUUAGUAGUGGUCAAUAAAUGGUUCAGAGCGUUGUCGGAAGUGAGAUAAUUAAAUAACACAAGAGGUUAAUGAGAGCGUUUAUUCGCGACUGAAUUGGGGGGUUGAUUACUUCCCACUUCCGUAGGUUUAACCCGCGAUUCCCUACAAUUGACCCCUGGGUGGUGCUAAACGGGAGCCGAAUACAUAAUCGGUGGUAGGACUUGUCCGAAUGGCAAGCAACCACCCUCCAACUAGAGUCCGCCGCUAAAUAGCCUAGCUGUGUUCCGGCGUGUGGGUUGGAGAGCCAGUUCUAUUCCCUCCCUUUCCUCUUCCUUGUUGGGAGUGAGUCUUGAUGAUACCUGGAACAUGUGGAGCAGACGUGUGUGCGAGCUUGCGGGACGUGAUUGUUUGACGGGGGUAUAGGAAGACCCAGUGAAACGGUUUUCGCCGCCGCCCGCCGGCCAGUAGGGGACCUGAACCUGGGUGUCACUACUAAACUCCGCCCCGGGUAGCUGUCCCGCCAACCAGUGUAAAAUCCUGUCGUGCGGUCGUCGUGCCGGAGUCAGAGACCGCAGUGGAUCCCGGCGAUCGUACACAGGUUGGACUGGGGACCCUUCCAUGCCCUGCGUCGGUCUCUCACGCAACCCGUGAUCGACCACACACUAUGUUCCGCGCUUUAUUCAGGUGUUGUCAUGAUUUCACUUCCAACAUCCUACCUCACCCUAUCCCACUUUCCAAAAAAGAACAAAACAUGAAAAUCAGAAAUUCCAUCUCCAAAUCUGGAAUUCCCAUUGUUUACAUAACAAGCUGUGUCCCUACAAAUCAUAUGGGUCCCUACAUUUCAACUAGUAGGUAUAAAACGAAACGCUAUAAAUAAUAAGAACACUAUAAUUUUUAACGAUAACAUUACAAGGAAGGAAAACCAUCCAGUUAGAACUGUAACCGCACACUGCACACCGCACACCGCACACCAUCGGAGCGGCGGCCUCGCCCGCUACUCCCGCUCCGCAGUUGCCAGCGACGGAAGGCGCUAUGCAGACGCGUAUGCUGCUACUAGUGUGGCUGUGCGCGGGGCCCGCCGCCGCCGGCAGCAGCUGCGAUGCCCUCGCCGCGGAGUACGUCAACGGCGCAAUGCGUACCCCUCGGGUGGUGAGCGUGGUCGGUCAGCUGAAGAACGUCUCGGUAGUGUGGAGCGCGGAGCCGGCGCGUGCGGCGGGCGCGCUGCUGGGCGCCGUGCUGCGCCACGCGCUGGGCUACCGACGCGUGCGGCUGGCCCGCUCGUCGCCCGCGCUGUGCGAGCUCGAGUGUCGGCAGCACGCCGCCCCCGACCGUUUGCAGGUGGUCCCCGCCGCGACGUCGGGCGCAGAGUGUCGGCGGCGGCGAGCGCUGCUGUCCGUGGGCCGCGCUACCGCGCCGCUCUCCGCGUCGCUGUACGCGCGGCUCAGCGGCGCGGCGCGCGCUGACCCCGCGUGUCGCGACGCUCGUCUGUGGACUGCCUACUCGGACCCCGCUCAAGCUGUAUCUUGUCAAUUUCUACUUACAUCGGGUCGAAUAGACAUAUACACGACCGCCGAGGUGCGCGACGCCGCUGAGCUGAGCAGCGUGGUGCAGCGCGCCGCGGCGGCCGAGCUGCGCGGCGUGCUGCACGUGCUGUCCCGCGCCGAGCUGCAUCACCGCAUCGCCACCGACAACGCUUCUUUUCUGAUCUUAGACUACAAGCUGUGGGACGAUCACGAACUUCUGGUCCCCGUUAGUUUUCCGGCCCGAAGUUGCGGAGAAGACGUGGAGAGUACCCGGACGGAGUUCGUCAUUCACGAAGAGCUCGAAGCGUACGCUCCGAUACUCUACAGCGCCGCCGAAAGGUUCGACCCGACGCCGCGGGAAGUGCGCGCAGUGCUAGACAUGGCCGCGCGGCGGGGCGACGGCGACGUCGAGGAGGCGGCGUGUCAGUGGGCUGCAGAAUAUCCCAUCAGAUUUCAGUCUUGGAUUCCUCAAUACGACGACGACCAUCAUGUCUUAGUAUUGCUGUGCAAUGAACGCGACAAUUACAAUUACACACCGCUCUUCCAAUUUGUCAUACACAAACUUCAACAAUAUACGGGGCAAUUAAAAAUCAAUAUACUAAUAAAAGAUGAGUUAGUGAACUGUUCGAAUGCGGACGAUCCGCACCAAGUUUUAAACAACAAGACGCGCAUGUCCAGAAUAUACCGCUGCAUCGGCGUGGCGGCGGGCGCGGCGGACGCGGCGACGGUGGCGCGGGUCGCCCGUGACGCCGCGCUGCCGCUCGUGCUGUACGACACGCCGGCCCGGGUCCCGCCCGGCACGCGCUCGUCCGCCUGCAGCCUCGCUGACCUCGUCACUGCCAUCGAGCACUUCAUCGUCAAAACCGGUUGGCGACGAAUAGUAACCUUAUCCGAGCGAACAGAGUUUGCGGAAGCUUUCGUCUUGGCUCUAAGGUCGAGUGUAAGUUUGAUAACGAAAGACAUAGACUUGACCGAGAAUGUGACCGAAGCGCUGAAUACGGUGGAAGAACUAGACGGGCGUGUCAUAAUAGUGAACGCGGGCGCCGAUCUGACGGCGGCAGUGGUGCGCGAAGCCGCGCAGCGCAGCUUGGACGAGCGGCGAGGGAUGGCGUGGCUGGUGCGCGCCUGGGCCCCCGCGAACCCUACACCCAUUCCACUGUUCUAUCUAAGAUGCGGAUGUCGAAAGGCGGAAAACCAGUUUAACCACCCGAACGCCGCUUCGCUCGCAGACGCGGUGCUGACCCUUGGGUACGGAUUCACUGCUGGUUUGAUGCAGGAUUACUCGGUUCGAGAUGAUCCAGCGGGAAGAAAUCUGGAGCGCUUCUGGCAGAUUUCGGACAGGAUCAGCGUCGAUGGCCUCUGUGAAAGUAUUAAAUAUGAGGCGGCAGCAUUGGCGAAGUCGACCGUGCUCGUGGACAAGCUUUCAGUCGACGGGAAUUCAACAUUAGGCAUAUUGAUCGUGCGUGACGGCCGAGUCAGUUCUGAACCAAACGAAAUGGAACCGUACGGGCGGGAUGGUGAGGCUCCCUACGACGGACGCAGCAGGUGCAGCAUGCCGAUAGGCGACCCGUUCCAUCCGCAUUGCCUGGACGCACUCUGCGUCGUGGUCGGCAUUCUUCUAAGUCUCGCUGUUCCGUUGUUGCUGAUGGCACACCGUCACCUGGCUUCUGUUAUUCGGCCCGCUAAGCUACCACCCGUCACUCAGGAGCUAACACGUUUCCUGGUCGAUCCCGCUCAUCUCGUGACGUACGACAUCCUCGGAACCGGUAGAUUCGGCCGUGUUCACCUGGGCGUAUUACAGGUUCCAGGAAAAGCACCUCGCCCUGUCGCCGUCAAGUCCCUCCGGAAAGGCGCCGCUCCGGCCGAAGAAACUGAAUUUCUGAAUGAAGCCGUUAUUAUGGCGGCACUCGAUCACGAGCACAUUAUACGCUUCGUGGGCGCGUGCGUCGCGAAGGGGCCGCCACUCGUGUUAAUGGAGCACGCCUUUUUCGGAGAUCUCCGAAGAUACUUGCGCGAGAGGCGGCACUUCGCCGAGCAAUCUGACCAUCUUUCACAAGACUCGAAAGAUUUCGAAGAGAGCGAACACGUGUCGGCCGAGGCGCUGACCCAGCUCGCUUCGGAGGCGGCCCUCGCCCUGGAGCACCUUGCGCGACGCGGCGUCGUCCACCGAGACGUCCGCGCCUCCAACUGCCUAGUGGACUCUAGACGACGACUGAAGCUCGGCGACUUCGGCAUGGCGCGAAAGACCGAUGCGACGGGCGCAGACGGAGCGGCCGAGUACGCGUGCCGGCGACGCGGCCUGUUCCCGGUGCUGUGGAUGGCGCCAGAGAGCCUGAGCCGCGGCGCGUUCUCGUCGGCCUCGGACGUGUGGUCACUGGGAGUGCUGAUGUUGGAGACAGUGACGCUGGGCGAUCGGCCCUACGGCUCGUGGUCCCCACUGCGCGUGCUGCAACACGUGUCGAGCGGCGGACGACCCGAGCUGCCGUUCGGCGCGGCGGCGGAGGCGCGCGGCGUGGCGAGCGCAUGCUGGCGCCGAGCGGCGUGCGAGCGGCCGGCGGCGGGCGAGGUGGCGCGCUACUUGCGGGACCACCCCCGCGCGCUGCGCCCGGUGCUGCGGUCGCGCGUCGCUCCCGAUGCCGACAGCGGCUUCGGAGAGUCCGAUCCGCCUUCCCCAUAGACAUAACUCAACCAGCGCAUUUCUAAACCCUCGAAAAACGUAAUUACAAAGAUUUAUUUACUUAUUUAUUCAGUCAGAACGCUACUUCGACAAAGCUGCGCGACCCGAAAACCCUCUCAUGGGCUCAGUGGGCUCUAAGCUUAGCCUUAGGCUAUGACAGCGUUACUGACCGAGUAGGUGAGCUCAUGGGGCUCUAACCUGAGGACGUUGCUAGCACUAACCCUUACGAGAGCAUUGCUUCGUAGAAUCUACCUCAGAAUCGGAACGCUACCCAUUGAGAAGAUCCGGCAAGAAACUCAAUGGGCUGUGUCUGUGGGUUCGUUCUUCCUUCGUCGCAAGCGACGGGUUCGACAAGAACAGUGACCGGUGCUUGAGAUACCUAAAAGCACCGAUAGUGGAUCGGGAGGAUCCAAAAUGACGUGACGUGUUGUGCGACAAAAGUAACUCAUAUAUAGUAGAAUAUAUAGUAGAAUAGGUUAGUUUGUUCACUAAUUUUCCUGAGUACCGUCUUAAUAAACAAUUGUUGACUUCCGUUAGACCUGUAAGCGGUAACCAACAACUUUAACAUUGAGGAAACAGUUAACUCUCACAAAUCUUAGUUAACUAAAUAUCAAGGUUGCGCCGAUAUAUUAUUAUAAUCUAAUAUAUAAAAUUCUCGUGUCACAGUUUUCGUUGCCAUACUCCUCCGAAACGGCUUGACCGAUUUUGAUGAAAUUUUUUGUGCUUAUCCGGUAUCUAUGAGUAUCGGCCAACAUCUAUUUUUCAUCCCCCUAAAUGUUAGGGGUAGUCCACCCCUAAAUUUUUUUAUUUAUUUUUUAGACAAAAUUUUUAAUUUCUAUUUUUUUAUGAUACAACAUACAAAAAUACAUACAAUCCUCAAUUUUCACCCUUCUACGAUCAACCCUUAUUUUUUAUUUGCUAAUUAAAAACUUUAAAUUUUUUUUGCGAGAAUUUUGUUUUUAUUUUUUCAUGACGAAGAAUAAAAAAAUUAAUAUUAUUCUGAAAUUUUCACCCCUCUACGAUCAACCCCUAUUUUUUAUUGGUUAAUUAUAAACUUUAAUUUUUUUGGCAAGAUUUUCAUUUUUAUUUUUAUUUUGUCAUGAGUUAAAAUAAAAAAUCUGAUGUUACUCUCAAUUUUUCAUCCCUCUAUGAUCAACCCCUAUUUUUUAUUUGUUAAUUAUAAACUUUAAUUUUUUUGGCAAGUCUUUAUUUUGUUUUGUCAUGACUUAAAAUAAAAAAAAUCAUAUUACUCUCAAUUUUCACUCUUAUACGAUCAACCCCUAUUUUUCCAUCCCGAUUAAUAUAUUUUUUAUUCUUUGCACAGAUCCGCAAUAAGGUUGCAAGAUGGCAAUCAAAUAUUAUAAUUGUAGUACGAUAAAUUCUUAUUCAGAGUUUAUAAUUUCAAGUUCCUUUAAUUAUGAUUUUUUUUAAAUUGAAUUUGAUCUCCCGCCCUCGCCGGUCCACUUCUGAUCAACUAUCAAUCGAUCAGCUAUCCCCGCCAGGUGUCACCACUCAUCCAGCAAACAUCACGUAGUAGGGAUGAGGACGAAGCCGGUCUCCUGUCUUACUUACUCACUAUUCAUCAUAGAUUAUACACUUAAUAUAUUUGAGAGCUAUACAAUACUAUACCUUUUUCAGCCAUGUUUUUUUGGUUUUAUUUGUGUAUCAAUAGUAUGUUAAUAGGUCUGAGAAUCGGCUACUAUCUAUUUUUCAUACCCCUAAGUGAAAAGGGUUGUCCACCCCAAACAUUUAUUUUUUAUUUUAAUUUUUUGGAUAUAUUUUUUUUGUUUAUAAUGAGGUAUUAUGUUGUUAAAUGAGGAUUUUUUUCUACAGUAGAAUUACCCUAGAAAUCUUAUUUAAGGCAACACAACGUUUGCCGGGUCAGCUAGUAUGAUAUAAAUAACACGUGGAAACUCGAUUAGGUACUUAUGGCUCGUGUAUUCGUCGACGACAACACGUAGACUCGUUCAGCGAUGUGUCAUUAACAUAGUACUCAUAACUGUGGACCUUUCUCUUAACAAUGACCUUAAAGAAAAUAUUACUGUCAGAAUACUAAUAAAUUCAUAUGCAAGUAAUAUAUAUAUUAAUACGUGAAGCAAAAAGUUUGUACCCCUUUUUACGAAAAUUGCCCGGACCGAGGAGUAUGAAAUUUCCUGUACUUAUGAAACAUAGAGAAGAAGUGCAGAAUGCUAUUUUUGUUUUUUUAUUGUGCAUAAAAAACACAUUAAAUAAAUAAAAAAGCAUUACCCACACUACCAUGUAUUUGACACAAGACAUACAUAAAAAUAUACUCUUUGUUUACUGUCAAUUGGGAAACUUUUGUUGGAACGAAGUUCCUUAAUGCGCGUUGCGAAAGGGGGCUAGACGGAAAAAAUAAGACAAAAAGCUGUAACGACACUUUUUGCUAUAGCUGUAAGCCGUGCGGCGUGCGAGUGUUUCUCGGUCUGUCUCUCUCUCUCAUAGCCCACUGAGUUUCUCGCCGGAUCUUCUCACUGAGUUGCGUUUCCGAUCCGGUGGUAGUUUCUGCGAAGCACUGCUCUUGCUAGGGUUCGUGUUAGCAACGUCAUCAGGUUUGAGCCCCGUGAGCUCACCUACUAGCCACGGUUACGCUGAAAUAGUCUCUCAAGGCUAUCAGCUUAGGUAGGGAAAAAAAAAACUCGUAGAAAGCAAGUGUUUUUUUUUUAUUUUUAUUGCUUAGAUUGGUGGACGAGCUCACAGCCCACCUGGUGUUAUGUGGUUACUGGAGCCCAUGGACAUCUACAACGUAAAUGCGCCACCCACCUUGAGAUAUAAGUUCUAAGAUCUCAGUAUAGUUACAACGGCUGCCCCACCCUUCAAACCGAAACGCAUUACUGCUUCACGGCAGAAAUAGGCAGGGCGGUGGAACCUACCCGCGCGGACUCACAAGAGGUCCUACCACCAGUAGGUAGGUACCUAAUUACGCAAAUUAUAAUUUUGCGGGUUUCACUUUUAUUACACGAUGUUAUUCCUUCACCGUGAAAGUCAAUCGUGAACAUUUGUUUAGUACUGUUAUGAUGCCCUCUGGUUCCUAGCUUUCCUUUCAUCAUCACCUUUCCCGAACAGCAUCAGCAGUUAUGAUCCUUUAUUAGAGAACAAUCCCCUCCCUAUCCAGUCAGUCCUAUUCCUAACUCCACACGGCACGGUUGCCGUCAAUUAUUGUCGUGAAAUCUUUAUAUAUUCAUUUUCGUCAAUAAAAUCUUUUUUUAAAAAGAUAA